AUGACACUCGCUGAUAGAGGGCGUGCAUUUGUGGGUGCCCUAAAAAAUAAUAUUGAUUAAGAGCGUGUUGGUGUCCUCGUUGGAACAGGAAUGGGAGGUGUUACUAUGUUUUCCGAAGGAGUCAGGGCUCUAAUCGAAAAUGGUCCUAGAAAAAUAACUCCAUUUUUCAUUCCUUAUGCGAUUACAAACAUGGGUUCAGCGUUGCUUGCUAUUGCUAUCGGAUUUAUGGGACCAAAUUACUCGAUUUCAACUGCAUGUGCUACUUCAAAUUACUGCUUUUAUGCUACUGCAAAUCAUAUUCGUAGAGGUGAGGCUGAUAUGAUGAUUGCUGGUGGAACUGAAGCUACCAUUAUUCAAAUUGGUUUGGGAGGUUUUGUAGCGUGUAGAGCUCUUUCUCAGAGAAACGAUGAUCCAAAAACGGCCUCUAGGCCAUGGGAUAAAGAUAGAGAUGGUUUUGUCAUGGGUGAAGAUGCUGGUAUCCUGGUAUGUUAAAUGCAAAAGUAGUUUCAUUUAUCUAUUUUCUUCUAUAAUAUAAAAAGCAAGGUAGAUGGUUUUUUUUUUAAAUAAGGAAAAAAUUAUUUUCUUCUAUAAUAUAAAAGCAAGGUAGAUGGGGUUUUUUUUAAAAUAAGAAAAAAUUGAAAUGGUGUUGUAGAUGAUGGAGAGCUUGGAACAUGUAAUGAAAAGGGGUGCACCCAUACUUACUGAAUAUUUUGGAGGAGCAGUAAAUUGUGAUGCGUAUCAUAUGACUGAUCCACGAUCUGAUGGGCUUGGUGUUUCUUCUUGCAUUAAGAGUUGUCUUGAAGAUGCUGGUGUGUCAGCAGAGGAGGUUUGUUUAAUUGUUUUGUUUUUCUUUUCAUUUGGAUGAAAUUGCUUUUGACUUAAUGGGGUUAAUGGAUACAUGACUUAAUCUGGUUAACUAUAGGUUAACUACAUUAACGCACAUGCAACUUCGACAUUGGUUGGUGAUUUGGCUAAAGUGAAUGUUGUAAACAAGGUAUUCAAAAGCAUGGAUGGGAUCAAAAUGAACUCGACCAAGGUGAAUUACCUAUUUUGACCUUUGAAAAACUUUUACAUGUCCAUAUUGACAUCAUUAAUUAUUAUUUUUUUCUUUUUAUUGUGUGUGUGGGGGGGGGGGGGGAGGGGGGUUAGUCUAUGAUUGGCCACUGAUUAGGUGCAGCUGGAGGUCUGGAAGCCAUUGCUAGCAUUAAAGCCAUUCAAACCUUGUGGCUUCAUCCUACCAUUAACCAAUUUGUACGGUUUAAUUUUGUAUAUUUUAACUAACUCUUUUUUUAUUUUAUUUUUUUAUCUUUUCUUUUUAUGAUUUUGUAACAUGUCAUGUUAUUUAUCUUUUGUGAUUUUAGAACCCGGAGCCUGCAGUUGAGUUUGACACAGAUGCAAAUCUAAAGCAACAACGUGAAAUCAACGUUGGUGAGUUUUCUUGUGGUUUAUGCACCUUUUUUGUCAUGAUUUGUGGUGAGUUAUUAUGAGUUGACUAAUUCAAACUUAUUAUAUAAAUUGUUUUCAUAAUGUUUCAGUAGGGCUGUUGGAGUACUAGCCAAAAGUUGAGAAAUCCAUCUAUCAGAAUCAUUUUGCCCACUAUUGAGAGGGUAAAAAUGUCAAGUUGUGGACUUUUGUAUGUUCCAACUAUCAGAAUCAUUUU